AAUGUACGUUGGAAAGAUGGCGACGGCAUACGCACAAGCUAGAGUCCACUGUGCCGGCGGAUAGAAAGUGUAUUAAAGGGACUGAAAAACGCAUUCCUUGCAAAGAUUUAGCAGUGCAAAGUGUAUCUGAUAUCUCUUAGACAUGGUACAGUCCAUGCACGGCUAGAAAGAAGAAGCCGCUGUUUUGCUAUGGAGCCUCCGGAUCGCAACAAGCCCAGCAGGCUGACCAAGCCAGAGGAAGAUGCAUCCCAACAGAACCCUGAGUUGGAUGAGUCCUGGGACUAUCCCAGUGAGGAAGGGGAAGCUCUGUAUAGCACAUCACCUCCUUGUACCCAGCGUCAGAUAAAACGCAUGUCUGUCUUGAUGUCUGGAAAGCAUCAAAAGAGCAACCAGUCAAGAAGUACCGGCCGGUCUCCAAACAAGGUGGACGUCAGACCACCUGACAACAGAGAGAGUACCAAACCAGUGGAGAUCCCUGAAGAGAACAGCUACAAGCAAGACAAGAAGCAGAGGACCACUCGGCGCUCUAACGAGAGAGACCAGAAGAAAACCUUUGAAGGUGCUUUCAUGCUAGAUCCGCUGUCAAAGUCAAGCCAUUUCAGUGCCCUCAACAUGGAUCCUAGGAAGCAUUACUUAAGCUUGGGCUGUAGCAGUUGCAAACUCCCUGUGACUAUGCCCCAUAUGGCCCGAACUCACCGGCAAACCUCCCGGACAGACUGUCCAGCUGACCGCCUCAAGUUCUUUGAAACUUUACGUCUGCUGCUCAAGCUCACAUCUAUGUCCUCCAAGAGGAAAGAGAAGGAGCAGAGAGGCUUAGAGAACAUGGCCUUCAUGGGUCACAACAAUGAGGUCAUUUGGUUGGAGCUGCAGGCAUGGCAUGCACGACGUUCCAUCAACGACCAGGACCUUUACCUUUUCACCGCCCGACAAGCUAUCCCUGACAUCAUCAAUGUGGUGCUGCACUUUAAAGUCAACUAUGACAGCCUGAGAGGGGCUGAGUGUCCAGAGUCUCAGUCAAUCAAAAAGGACUCUCAAAGUGUCCCAGAUCCUGUCUGUGGAGAGGAGAGGGACCUUGCUGUAGCAGAGACAAACCACUGUGGAGUGGAUCCCUGGGGCUUUAGUGCUGGCCCCUCAUCAGCAAUGAAUGCAGCAAAGCCUCUAGGCUCUGGUGCUGAUUCCAGGGAACACCUUCAACGCCAGCGGCUGGCUUUUGAGCAGGUCAAGCGGGUUAUGGAGCUCUUGGAGUGUGUUGAAGCUUUGUACCCCUCCCUGCAGGCCCUUCAGAAGGACUAUGAAAAGUACGCAGCUAGAGACUUUCAGGGCAGGGUGCAGGCGCUCUGUCUGUGGCUUAAUAUCACCCAGGACCUCAACCAGAAGCUGCGUGUUAUGGCUACUGUGCUGGGCCUCCAUGAUCUAUCCCGCAUCGGGUGGCCCGUCUUUGAAAUACCUUCACCUCGCUGCUCCCGUGGAAAUGAAGAAGAGGAAACAGAGGAAGAGGAGGAGAAUGACUCAACGGCCACUUUCACAGCUGAAAGUGAUGAAGAGGUAGUUGGACUUGUAGCAGGGGGAGAGUUGUCUCCCACCUUGACUCCCAAAUUUGCCCGAUUGUCGUCAGAGGACGAGUUUCUCCCAACCGCCAUUGCAGGAAAUUCAGAAGUGAUUGCGGGAGGGGAAGUUUUCUGCCCCACAGCCAUUUACAGACCAUUUGUGGAUAAAGCUCUGAAACAGAUGGGACUGCGUAAACUGAUCCUCAGACUGCACAAACUGAUGGACCGCUCUCUUCAGAGGGCCAGAGCAGCGCUGCUUCGGCACACUCCUGCACUGGAGUUUGCAGACUUCCCCGACCUCAUGCUGUACAGUGAUUACCUGCCAGAGCUGUCGCGCCAUGUAUCCUACAGCGGUGCUACUGAUCCAGAGCUUGGAGCAGACCAGGUGUCUUGGGAGGAUUUACUGGACAUGGAUCUCCCAUCCUUCCGGCCAGCAUUCCUCGUGCUGUGCAGAGUCCUCCUCAAUGUCAUUCACGAAUGCCUUAAACUUCGACUUGAACAGAGGCCUGCUGGAGACCCUUCACUGCUCAGUAUCAAACAGUUGGUGCGCGAGUGUAAAGAAGUUCUUAAAGGAGGCCUUUUGAUGAAGCAGUAUUACCAGUUCAUGCUGCGUGGAGUUGUGACUGAUGCACAAGGCUUACAAACAAAUGCCAAUAUUGAUGAGUUUGAAGAAGACCUUCACAAGAUGCUGGUGGUUUACUUUGAGUACAUGCGUAGUUGGAUUAAGAUGCUGCAGCAGUUGCCUCAAGCCUCGCACAGUUUAAAGAACCUGUUGGAGGAGGAAUGGCACUUCACUAAGGUCAUUACGCCAUACAUUCGUGGAGGAGAGGCCCAGUCUGGGGAACUUUUCUGUAACAUUGCUGGGAUGCUGCUUGAAUCCACUGGAGAGUUUCUGGAUGCUGGUCUGCAGAGAAGUGGGAAUGAAUUCUGGGGAGGUGCAGAUGACAGCACAGCCUCAGAUGAGAUCAGACGAUCAGUUAUUGAGACCAGCAGGUCACUAAAAGAGUUGUUUCACGAGGCCCGGGAGCGAGCAUCCAAGGCUCUGGGCUUUGCCAAAAUGCUUCGGAAGGACUUGGAAGUUGCUGCAGAUUUCAGUAUCACCAGCGGGGUGACUUGUCUCCUGGAGGCACUAAAAAAGAGGAACUAUGUCAAGGUUCAGAUUCCAGGCUUGGAAGAGCUCCAAGUUUUUGUACCCUGUGGCUUAAUGGAUCAGCGGCCUCUCAUCCUGCAGCUUCUCAAUGCUGCUGCUGGCAAAGACUGCUCCAAAGAGCCUGAUGAAAUUGCUGAAGAUGAUGCCUACUUGCUCAUGAGCAAACAUGGAACUGGAGAUUCCGUUACUUACUCUGAGUGGGCUCAGUGGGAUGGAGAUCUUCUCAAACUAGUCCCACAGAUGGAGACUGUUGACACUUUGAUGGCCAUGAAGGUGGAGAACAUGCUCUUGAUAGUGAUGCAGUCAGCUCACCUGGUGGCCCAGCGAAAGGCUUUUCAGCAGUCCAUGGAGGACGUUCUCACCCUUAGCCGAGAGCAGACGUCAAGUCAGCCUCUCAUUGCAAGCGCUUUGGAAGAUCUGAAGAACAAGGCCCUGCAGCUAUGCAUUAAGAUAAGCACAGCCAUUGACCGAGUGGAAUACAUGUUCACCACAGAGUUUGAGACAGAGGUUGAGGAAUCAGAGUCAGCCACUCUCCAUCAGUACUACAGGGAGGCAAUGAUACAGGGCUACAAUUUUGCCUUCGAGUACCACAAGGAGGUGGUGCGCCUGAUGUCGGGGGAGUUCAGGCAGAGGAUUGGAGAACGCUACAUAGCUUUUGCCCGUAAAUGGAUGACUUAUGUCCUGACCAAAUGUGAAAGUGGGAGGGGCACCAAGCCCAGAUGGGCGACGCAGGGUUUUGACUUUCUUCAGGCUAUUGAACCUGCCUUCAUAUCUGCAUUACCAGAGGAUGACUUCCUGAACUUACAAGCCUUGAUGAAUGAAUGUAUUGGACAUGUGAUUGGAAAACCUCAUAGCCCAGUUACUGGCCUUUACAUUGCUCCCAGGAAUAGUCCUCGUCCUGUGAAGGUUCCUGCCCCUGUCCGCUGUCAUAGUGACCCACCAAACCCUAAUCUAUUUAUCCCUAAUGCUGAAGGUUUCAGCUCUCGAAGUCUCCCCUGUGAUCUCCGGAACCAGCUGUUCCCAAACGGCCCUCGCUCUGUCCCGCAGGGCCCAGGGGAGCACAGCCACACCAAAGUACCCGGCAGCAGCCCCAAUGAUGUCAGGGGAUCAAAUAUCCAUGAGAAUGAUCGCUUGUCAUCAGUUGCAGCAGAGUUGAAUUUCAAAUCCCUGAGUCGCCACUCCAGCCCCACUGAGGAAAGAGAAGAACCUUCAUAUCCAAAGGGAGACCCGAACAGUGGUGCACGCCGAAGCUGGGAACUCCCAGCCUUCAUCAGCCAGUCCAAGGGCACAGCUGCCAGUCAAAGCCCCAUGGAGGCUGUCCGUGGCUCCAUUCGCAGGUUUGAGGAGAAAAGAUACGCUGUGAUGAAGCAGCGAAACAUCAUCGGUCAAGUGUGUCACACACCCAAGUCCUAUGACAACGUCAUGCAUGUUGGCCUCAGAAAGGUGACUUUCAAGUGGCAGAGGGGCAACAAGAUAGGUGAAGGCCAGUAUGGAAAGGUGUACACCUGCAUUAAUGUUGACACUGGAGAACUAAUGGCAAUGAAGGAGAUCCGAUUCCAGCCAAAUGAUCAUAAAACCAUCAAGGAAACUGCAGAUGAGCUUAAAAUAUUUGAAGGCAUCAAACACCCAAAUCUGGUGCGAUACUUUGGAGUCGAGCUGCAUCGGGAAGAGAUGUACAUCUUCAUGGAGUACUGUGAUGAGGGCACUCUGGAGGAGGUGUCCAGACUGGGGCUCCAGGAACACGUCAUCAGGCUUUACAGUAAACAGAUCACUACAGCCAUCAAUGUCCUCCAUGAACAUGGCAUUGUCCACCGUGAUAUCAAGGGAGCCAACAUCUUCCUGACAUCAUCAGGUUUGAUUAAGCUCGGAGACUUUGGCUGCUCAGUCAAACUGAGGAACAACACUCAUACCAUGCCAGGGGAGGUGAACAGCACACUAGGAACAGCAGCAUACAUGGCACCUGAAGUCAUCACAAGAGCAAAGGGGGAAGGUCAUGGAAGAGCAGCAGAUAUCUGGAGUUUGGGCUGUGUCCUCAUUGAGAUGGUGACUGGAAAGAGGCCCUGGCAUGAGUAUGAACACAACUUUCAGAUUAUGUACAAAGUGGGCAUGGGCCAUAAGCCCCCCAUCCCUGAGAAGUUGAGCACAGAGGGAAAGGACUUCCUCUAUCACUGCCUGGAGAGUGAACCUAAACGUCGCUGGACAGCUAGCAUGCUGCUGGACCACCCGUUUGUCAAGGUUUGCACAGAUGAAGAGUGAAUGACAACUCCUCUUUGGCUUUUAUGUUUACACACUAAAGCACUACUGUACAUGCUGUUGGCAAAAGAAAACAGAACUGUGGACAUGGAGAAGAGGGAGAAUGGCUGAAGGCACAUGGAGUUAAACUGAGGAAGUAAUACAUUAUCAUUUCAGAGGACAACUGGAUCCAUGGAUUACUGAAUUGUGGUCUUUAUGUAUCCAUGGGCUGGGGAGGGACUGUACAUACUGUAAGAAUAGAACUGGCUUUAAUUCAUGUAUAAACAAUAUUGUAAAGUUAAAGUAACUAUUGCCACAUUUAUUUGUUCUCUGGUGAAGAGACAUCUGAAAAAGCAUUGAGGAAUACUUUGUUUUUAACAAAUGGGAGGGUGGGACAAUAUAGCACUUUUUAAACUGUUUACCCAAGGGGACAGUUGAGUAGAGAAGGGGUGAGUCUAAUUUCACUUGGCCUUUAAGGCUGAAAAAUGUGGUAUGAAAGGCUAUGAAAGCCUCUGAGAAUGGAAGGAAGCGCAGGUUUACCUUUAUAAAUGAAUACCAUCCAAAAUUUUCUCAUAUCUGUUGUCAUCCAGCAAGCACAGGCUCAAGAAAGGACUUUUUUUCAUGUGUUCUCUUUGCUGAGGAGAAAAUGUCAAGUUGGAGCAAUGUUCAAAUCCACUAUUCACCAUUAAAGAUUGGUCCAUUUGACUGGAGUGUAGCCAACUAAGUGGAGAAAGGGGGCCCCUGCUGCUGAGCGUAAACAUCCACACAACCUAACACACACACAUGCCACAACUUCUGGUCCUCUGCUGCUCUUACAGUGUUUGCUAUGUACAAACAAUAUUAAUAAACCAAUCCUUUUUAUAAAAGA